GCCCUCGGUCCCUUUCUAGCUUGGUUCUGGCCUGUCUCCAGAGUUCCUGGGAAGUUCUGGAGAGUAGCAUGUGCUCCAGAAGGUGGGAACUGUCUCUGGCUCUGGAACUUCUACUGCUGUCUCAUUUGUUCCUGGCAACCAGCGUACAAGAUUAUUCAAAAUAUGCCAUCUCCGGCAGCAAUGUGAGUCUGCCAAUCUCCAGUUUGCCGAGGAGCUACAAAUCACUCACCUGGUUUUAUACUACUGACCAGAAGAUUGUAGAAUGGGAAUCCGGUCAGCCUAAAUACUUCAAUAGUAAAUUUAAGGACAGGGCCAGGCUUGAUCUUCAAAGUGGCACACUGCACAUCCAUAACGUCCAGAAGGAGGACAGCAGCACUUACCUCCUGAUGGUGCUGAAGGACACUGGGGACGAGGACGAAUGGAAGAUCUCACUGGUGGUGCUUGACCCUGUACCAAAGCCUGAGAUAAAAGUCAACAAGACACAGGAAGUGAACAAGUGUUACCUGACCCUGUCCUGUGGGAUCCAGGACCAACCUGUAAACUACAUGUGGUAUGCAGAAUCCCUUCCAAAAGAGUUCCAGAGCAGUGUGCUUGAAGUGACCCAUGCACCACAAAACUACUCCAGGUCUUAUAUCUGCCAAGUCAGCAAUCCUGUGAGCAGCCAAAAUGAAACAGUCAACUUCACUUCACCCUGUGUAUGGGUCUCAUCCUGUGGAGUAGCUUGGACUGCAACUUGGCUAGUGAUCACGGUAACCACUGUUCUUGGCCUCCUAUGGAUCUGAGAUAAGCUCUUCUAACUCAAGAGUGAAACUUCAAGAAUGCAAGAUCUUGCCCUCAUCAGUAACCAUACUAUUAACCAGGACAGAAGUUCUGGCUAUAUAGGAUGGGGGAAAGUAUUGAGAUGUCUACAAGGAUUUUCAAAUUAACUUUUUAAACCACAGUAAUAUUUUAUUUUAUAUCCUCUAGUUGUUUUUUAACAUACAUAUACACAUGCAUUCUUCCCACCAAAAAGUGGGCAAAAUGUAUUAUGCAAUGUUUUCUUGUUGGAAUAAAUAUUUGAUACGGUUGCCAAAGUGGAUUCCUAAAGUUGCCCCAGAUUUGUCACACAAUGCCUGCUCCAUUAGCCUAGACAAACUGGAACAUGGAGAUACAAAGGGGAACACCUGGGACCACUGUCUCCUGUGUGCCUACAUGGCUGGGAGGUAAUUUGUGCUGUCUAACUCUCGCUUCCUUAUCCUUGCCAAACCUCCUGGGGUUCCAGCUCUCAAACUCCUCCCCCACCAAGUCCUGGUCUCCUUCUCAGUGGUUUACCUUGUUCUAGCCUCUGUGAGGAACAUACUUAUUAGGUUUCCUGGGAAUGUGGG